AUGGGAUCUUGGAGGAGCAGUGUUAAUGCGAACAUUAUGUGGUCUACGACAGCAAACUAUAUAAGAGAGGCUGUGAUAGAGGUGUUAGGGGUCUCGACCAGCGUCUCUGGCAGGCACAAAGGAGGCUGGUGGUGGAAUGAAGUGGCACAAGGUAAAUUGGUAGCGAAAAAAGAGGUGUACCAGACAUUAGUGGGGAGAAUAGGUGAGGAGGAGAGGCGAGCGUGCAUGGAGAGGUAUAAAGUAGCUAGGAAGGAAGCGAAGCUGGCGGUCACAAAUGCUAAGACUGCGGCUUAUAGUAGUAUGUACGAGGAACUAGGGGAAAAGGAGGGGAGAAGAAGUUAUUUAGGCUGGCCAAGCUAA